ACUUUCUUAUAUUUUCAAAUGGAAUGUUGUCUGCUCUAUGUAACAGUCUUCCAACACCCCUCUGAAAUGUCACAAAUGCAUUAAAAGUGUCUUCUGGAAAAUGCCAGUAAUGCCAAAUGUUGGUAAGUCCAGGUGAGUUUUUUUCUACUGCUCGGUAUGAGUUGUUUAAACUGUUACGUAAUUAUGCAUUUCCAGGUUAACCACAGAACCUGAUGGAUGGCAAAAACUACUGUAACCUCAUGGACAAGCUGUCCAUCUGUUCUGAGACUGAGCGCAUACAGCUGGCUAGGCCUUUCUGUGCCGACCCAGUGCUCACGUUUCACGUGUACCCAGAAACACCAAGCCAGGUCACUUGCUCUGAAGAUUUGCCCUUCCUUCCUUUCAUGUCUGAGCAUCUCAUCGUGGAGAACUUCUACAGUGAGCCCUGUGCCUUUCCCUACCAAAUGCCCCAUUCCAAUUACCGCAGAAGUGAGUACUCCUAUGGGACAGCUUUCAUCAGAAAGAGGAAUGAGAGGGAAAGGCAGAGGGUUAAAUGUGUCAAUGAAGGCUAUGCUAAACUGAGGCAUCACCUACCCAAGGAAUACUUGGAGAAACGGCUCAGCAAGGUAGAGACACUCCGUGCCGCUAUAAAAUACAUUAGCUACCUGCAGUCCAUUCUGUACAGUGAUUCUGUGGUGGCAGAAAAAAGUGUCAUGGAGCCAAGCCAAGCACCUAAAGUAAUUAACAAACAAAACCAGUUUUCGAAGACUGUCUGAACCAUUCCAAACCAAGCAAAAGUGCAAUAUCUAGAUCAAUGGGGAGUUGAAAAUGAUGCAGACAAAUGUUCCUCUCCGCAGUCAUGUUCCACCGGUUUGUAACCGGUAAGGUCAAGAUGUCUGAUCCCCGUAGUUAGAGCUCUGGCAACCUCCAUAGCAACUAGGAAACACUGGCAGGAAACUGCUUCCUGCGUCCAACAGGCAAAAGGGCAAGAUUUCUGCAUUGGAACUAAAUCCAAAUCAGCCAGACAUAGUGUUAUCAAUAGCUGGUAAGUUUCGAACACUGCUGUGUUAAAGUUCUUGCAAUUAUCCAGGAAAAAACCCUCAUAAAGUAUUGCACAAUUCCUUUGUCAGUGCCCUAUUUUAUACAGAAAUAGAGGACCUGCUCUCAGCAGUAACGGUGCUGAAAGUGUUUAAAAUGUGCUUUAAUGUAGAAUGGUUAGUUGCAUUUCUUUGCAAAGUAUUACUGAUUUCAUCUUGGGUUAUAAUGGGAGAGUUCAUGUAGUUGUGAAACAAGUGAAUAUAUUGUGUUGAUUUGCUGACUUAAAGAUGCAUUUUGCAGCAGUUAAUUUCCACUCUUCUUGCUGGAUUUGGUCUGCUAGUUUCAUGAAAUUAGGUAUAUCUGGGAGUCCUCAUACAAAGGAUUCACAGAUCAUUUCUCUUAUCUAAGAGGCAGAAUAAUAUUUAAACGUAAUAUGAGUGCUUAAACUGUAUUUUGUAAAUUAGGCACUUAAAUUUUAUGUUGUUUAAUUUCCAUGCAAAUUUUACCCUAAGCAUGCUGAACACUUCUAAGGUAUAUU